CUGUUCCAAUUGAAGACCAGUCCUGUAGUUUCUUGUUGAUUUGACUUGUUUUAUCUUCUUAUAUUCUUUCAUACAACUUCAAUGAUCUUAAUGUUCAUUUACUGUUUUAAAUUAUAGCUAGAAGGAUAUGUAAAAUACCAAAAUGAGUAUAAUAACUUCAGAGUCUCUCAAAGAUACCGUGACAGUUUUAAUAAACGCUGCCGGAGAUAAUGAACAUUCUGUGAACAACGUCAUUAUAAAAUCACUCGCGAAAAUAGCGAACACAUAUCCGAACGAAGUCAUCGCUAUAUUUUGUGAAUUCUACAAAGACACUGUGAAAGUGAACACUACACUAUUGGGAAACAUUAUCAAGGUAUUAGAACAAACAUGUGUCAAUCAAGUAAGAAAACUAGAUCCAAAAGUAGCAACAGAGCUUGUGAGCUCAAUGCUGCGAGCCAUGACUGAAAAUGCUGGUUAUGAACCUGUGACACAGCUGGGGGCUUCUGCUGUCCUUGUUGCCGUGGGCCAUGAGAAUUUAGACUUGGCACUCCGCUCAUUGAUCAACCAACUUUCCCCAGCAACAGUACCACAUUAUACAAUACCCCACACACUUGGAACUCUCGCAGCCGUUAAUACACACGGUGUUGUCCCACAUAUUAAGGAGAUACUCAGUAAAAUGUUGCCGCUUCUUUCGUUGGUGAAGCAGGAUGGAUUGAAACAGGCAUUUGCAUAUGCGUUCGGCCACUUUGCAGUAGCUGUCUCCGAACAUAUUGGAGACAACGUGGAAAACGACAACAUUACUUCUAUUAAAGAAAAUUUCGUCACCGAAUUCACAAUUAUAUUUGACGUACUUUACAAUCAGUGGUUGCCUUCAUACGAGCCGAAAGUUUCUGAAUCAGUUCUGGAAGCUCUUGGACCGAUAACAAGACUUAUAUCCGAAAGACAGUUCAAUGAAACGGUCAACAAAUUCGUUCUGUCAUUAUUGGCUUUAUAUCGGAAACCAAAUAUCAACUAUUAUUACAUCAGUCAGUGUCUAUCUUAUUUAUUAUCUCCGUCGACACUCAAUCCGAAGUUAGGGUUGAAUGAGAAUGUCAUUACGUCAAUAAACCACGUCCUAUUCCAUUUGGUUGUGCUGGAGCCAGAUUAUGAUCAACCACAAACCGUUAAAAAUCAUUUCGAAGUUUUACGAUGUUUCGAUCACAUGGCCAGACAGUAUUCUGAUCAAACGAUCGAGGGACUCCUACAUCAAUGCAAAAACAACCAGGAAAAGGAUAGAAUGAAGGCCGUUAUAAUAUUGACUCAUUUGACGACAUCGUCGCAAGUCUUUAUUGAUAAUUACUCGAGCAAAUUUAUAACGUUAUUAAAAGUCAUGACCAACAUGGAACAUGGUGUGAAAAUGAAGAAGUUGUUAGUCAAAGCUAUUGUAGGCUUAGUGUACAGGAACUGCAUAACGACCCCCGAGGAUUUUUCCAUGAUAGAAUUCAUAAUUAAACAUUGCGGAUUUGAGGGCCCAGCGAAUGUGUCAUUUUACGAGAUCUCAGACUUACAGGAUACCUGUAAGAAUUCUUUAAUCCUAAUGUGUAAUACUGUGACAAGUAUACGUGGUCAGCUGAGAAGUUUGCUCUUAUCUGCACUCACUGUUGAAGACUUAACUCCAUCUAUGUCCACGGUUGCACAUUGUCUAACGUCACUGUUCCAAAAUAAUUCUAAUGUAAUUGAAGGUGAAACAGUAAAAGGCUCAGAAAUCAAAUAUUCGUCUGAUUUGGUAUUUGUUCGGUGUAUCACCCACAUUGUGGAUCCAGAACAGAAAGAAAAAAACAAGAAUCUACUCGUGUUCCUCGAAGAUUAUUCUGGGGACGUACACAAAAAUUUGAAAAAUUCAUGGACCAUCGAAUUACAGCGGCUGCUGAAAUUUGUUGAUAAAAGUGAAUCGAGGGAACAAUGGCACAGUAUGCUAUUAGAUUUAUUGGUAUCUGCUGUCGAUCAAGUUAAUAACGACAAGUGGGUAGAGACUAUAGCGACUUUGAUCUCAAAGCAGAUUUUGUCAAAGAAACAGCAUCCUAUGAUCAAAGGAGUCUCGUUACAGUAUCUGGCAACGCUGUCGUGUCACAUACCGAACGCUGCUGUCGUUGAGUCCACACUCAAGAUAAUACUAUUUUCCCUAAAAUCUAUUCCGAUGGAAAACUGUGAGUAUGUUAGUAAAGCAAUAGGUAUAGCUUCUCGGCAACACGGAGAAUUUAUAUUGAACGAAUUAGACGCAGCUUACAAGGAAAAUGAAUCGAGAAAAGGUAGUAAAAUAAUGAACUUCCUUUCGUCAAAGAACUCUAAAACUGAAUUGGAAAUUAAUAUCGUGAAAUAUGCAUUAAUCACUUGUUAUGGUAAAGUAGCUGUUGAUUGUUUAGAUGCACACGUUUUGGCUAGACUUGGGGAUAACGUUACUUCAAUUCUAUACGAUAUACUGAAAUCUGGGCCUGCUUUCGACAUGUGCAAGGCAACAGUAACAACUUUAUACGAAAUAGGCAAAGCAUUGCAUCCUGCAGCUCACCAUAAUGUAGUUCUCAGAAACCGUUGGCAGUUAUUAAAUGCGGUUUUAGAACAAAUUUACAACUCGAAUUUGGAGAAACGCAAUGUCGAACUCUACCCUAUAAUAGUUAAAGCAUCGAACGCAUUGACUAAACUCCAAAAAGGUAUUUUGCCGGAAGAAAGAAACACCAUUCUGAGGGUAUUAUUUAAUAGCAUAUUCGGAGAAUUGUCGUCGUUUAAGCGUAAAUAUGAAGCCGAUGGGGUUGACGGAAUAAACGACAUACUCGCAAAAACUUUGAAUGACAGCUUAAUAUUAUUGCACCAACUAAUAAAAGAGCUUAUAAUCCAGUCGACUUGCUUAAGCACAAUCGAUGACUUAAUCGGUUUAUUAACAGAAUGGCUGAGACAUGAAAACGAUGAAAUACGAACCGCUUCAGUACUGAUACUUCAAGUUAUUUUCGAUACGUACAUAAAAAACGUGAGGCUGAAUUAUGAGACGCCAAGUAAAUUCGGUCAGAUGGGAUACCUAUUGGGUCUGGUCGUGCCUGGUAUUGCAGACACGAAUUUUCCUGUGCGUUUAACAACUAUAGAUUGCAUAAAACUAAUAGUACAGAUUCAAGAUUUAUACGAAGGUCACACUAUAGAACCAGGGGAUCAGUGUAUGGUCAACCUAACUCGACUGCAGAACAAUGUUUUGACAAAUGAUUUGAACAUGAUCAGUGAUUACUGCGUAGUUCUUUGUAACACUAUAACACCGAAGAUACCGCACCGGCACACGAUGCAAUUCAUUGAAAGUAUUUUGGAGUGUUACGAUAGUCAAGAACAUAAAAGCGUUGGGAUUAGUGCUGUCCUGGACGCAUUUUUCAUUAAGAAAGGUCAGGAUUUGUUCCAAAAUAUCGAGAGGAUAGUUGAAGUGAUGUUGAGUACAAUGGACGAGGUCAAUGAAGAUGCGAGGGUGAAGCUCAUGAGGCCGCUGACGUCAUUAACACGUCAUCAUUCUAACGCCGUCACUGCUGUUCUACUGAGCCAGAAGCUACCUUUAAAACCUUGUGUAGUGUCAUGUUGGCACCACCUCGCCCGGGACGAGAGCUUGUCUGAGGCGAUCACCGAGAACUUCUUGAGAUUGAUGACGUCAGUGGAGCUGUAUGAGGAUCCGUACCACGUCAUCGACAACCAUGUGGCUGCUCUCCAGCCUUUGACUCUAAUAAGUGCCUUAGGCGAGAUGCUGCAGGAGUCCACGAUGAAGGCCACGUGCAAAGCGAAGUUCUCUGAACUGUUCUCUGUGCUGUACACGACCUUGGCGUGCUACAUCGACGCGGAGCCGCCGGCCUACUCCCAUUCAGGCAACAAGAUGCAGGAGAGGUUCGGUUUCGUACCUAACAGGGAGUCCGUCAGGCUGUCACCGGCCAAGAUCACAAUUAACGCUUUUAGCGCCUUUUUGGAGCAAGCUGACUGUCAGAAGGUCCGUGAAGCGUGUUCCCUCUGCCUGAGUGUCGAGCACGGCGAUUCGGCUACCACACUCCUAGAGCUGGCACCCAUAUUAGGAGGGGCGGUGUCACGCGAGUGUCCGCAACAUUUGGCGAAACUAGUGUCGCGCGUGUCGGCGUACGCCAAAUCUAGUCUGCCGCCACAACGAUGCGCGGCGCAUGCCUUGUUGGCCGAUCUGCUUAAUUACAGAUGCAACGAUAACAACGUACUGAUAGAGUCAGUGAUGGCGACGCUGAACACCGGCUGGAAGGACACAUGCGACCGCGUGCGAGCCACCUGUCUGCGCGGCGCCGCCAACGUGGCGCAGCUCCGCGGCGACGGGCGCGCCGCCCACCUCACGCACGCACUGCACGCGCUCUCGCAGGGAGUCGACGCGCGCUCCGACACGUACGUAGGGGGACAGGGGGCGUGUGGGACGCGCACUGCACGCGCUCUCGCAGGGAGUCGACGCGCGCUCCGACACGCCACCAUCAGACAACGUCCCCCUGGCCUCGAUCCAAGGGCUCAGCCGGCUGCUCACCGAGCUAGACCACGUCGACGCGGAAUACGAUCGCGAGCUGUUGUCGAUAUCGCAGAAGAUACGUCCGUACAUGAACACGGAGUGUCCGCAGCUGCGGGAACAUUCCAUUCGUCUGUUCGGCGUGCUGGCGGCGCGCGUGCGCUCCGACGCGCUGGUCGACCAGGCCGUGAACUCGCUGCCGUGCUUCUUGCUGCACCUGUGCGACAACAACCCCGCCGUGGUCCGGGCGAGCAAAUUCACCUUGAAACAAGUGUUCAAGAUCUUCAACGUGAAGAAAUCGAACGACCUGGUGCAGACGCACCUGCUGGACGAGGGCCGCCUGUACCUGGACGAGUUCCUGUCGGCCCUGCUGCGGCAGCUGGCCGACGAGCUGCCCUCCAGCGUCGCCAGCUGUCUGCGCGCCGCCGCCCACUACCUGCACUGCGCACGCGACGAGCUCAGGCCGCACGCGCCCACGCUGCUGGGUCUGCUCUACGCGGAACUUCUCCGCAUCAGAGACAAGUACCCCGAGGACACGGAGCUGGAGCCGGACGUGUCGCGGUCGGCUCGCGCGCGCCUCCUGCAGCUGAUCAAGGACAGCAGCCCCGCGGUCAGGCAAAGCUCCGCCAUGGCGCUGGCGAACCUGUGCCUCGUCAUCGCUUCGGACGAAAUGAACCCGCAAUAAAAUGUAAAAAAUUGGUUACAACGCCAUCUGUGUUACAUUAAAUGAAACUAUGUGUCAAACAUGUCCUAUGGUUAGUUUCUACCAAAAAGGUUUCAUGCGCCGAGUACGCGCGGUCGCAUUUGUUAUUUUAAUUCAGUUAUUAUUUAAGUCAAUUUGAAGUACGAAUUAUUCCGUCUACUGCAUUGAUAUAGGAUCUGUAUUACUAUGGUCAUUUCAAUAUCAAAAUCUUAAAAAAAAUACCCUGUAUGGAGAUUCUCGUGAAUUCAAGGCAAUCAUCACACUGAUGUAUUCUGUUAUAAUGUUAACUUUCAACAAGUGAAUCUCUGAGAAAAGGAUAGUCUGCGUGGGGUCCCGUUGCUAUAUUCGGUGCGAAAGCAAAAAUAAAAAAAAAAUCACUUGUAGCCAACACUGUAAUAAUUCACAGUGUUGCCAAUGAUACGACUACAUUGUCCUAACGCAGUAGAAUUAACGAAAAAGUGUAAUUGUGAGAAAAAUACGUAAUUUUUAUUAGAACCCCGAUUUAUAAACACAAGAAAUGAAAUCUUUUUCUUUUAUUUUAUGAAAGUAAGCUUAGAAUACACCGGCAUUAUAUUCAUAUCGUUCCAUUGAAACUUUGUUUAAUAAUUGUAAUGUUUGUAUUUGUAAAUUUAGGAAACUUUCUGAAUUAUAAUAUUUUAUUACAAGAGGACAAUAAAUGCAAUCGAAACGAAUAAAAAAUUAAUCUCAUUG